AUGGUCAGGAUCUUUCUGACGGGCGCCACUGGCUACAUCGGCGGUCAGGCCUUGCACACCAUAGCUUCGUCACUUCCUGCCACGGACACAGUCAUCUCGUGUUUGUGUCGAGACCCCGACAAAGCCCAACAGGUCAAAAAUGCCUAUCCGGAUCACGUUCAGACCGUGGUUGGCGAUCUGGACAACGACGGGCUGAUUGAGAGCCAGAGUCAGCAGGCUGAUAUUGUGUUUCGUGAGCUUACUCCGUUUAGCCAUGGGAAAUGUGCCAGGCCACUUAUCAAUGUUCUCUCAGAUCUUGCUAGCACGAAUCACCUCGCAAGUGCCCAGGCGAUCUCCCGCGGGCUUAGCAAGAAGCCAGAUGGAUCCAUUUCAUACUGGAUACAAAUGUCAGGUGCUACGCUGUUCGCCAUCUCCGAGAUCAAAGAAGGACGAUACGGCGAAUCAUCCAACCAAAUCUAUGACGACCUGAGAGAUACCGAGAAAAUUCUGGCAACCAUCCGAAACAAUCCUUCGCGAAGUGUGGAUAACCUCAUCAUAGCCCAGGACUGGUCGAGAAUACGAACGGGUUUGAUUGUCGGUCCACUCAUAUAUGGGCCAGGAGCUGGUCCUGUGAAUCGAAGAAGCAUCCAAGUACCAGAAAUCGUCAAGACGACCCUUAGCUACGGGGAUGGAUUUCGUUUCGCCAAAGGCCUCAACCGAUGGAGUAACAUCAACAUUAGCGAUCUGGGUGAUUUAUUCCUCCGAUUGGCACAGGCUUCGCUGAAGGGAAAGACCGAUGGCUGGAACAAGGAGGGCAUCUACCUCCCGGCCCAAGGUGACAUGUCAUUUGGCGAAGUGUACGAGCGCGUUGCACAGGCGGCAUACGAUCAGAAUUUGAUCGAAAGCCCAAAGGUACAGCGGACGAUUGAUGUUGAUGGGGCCAACGAAGCUACAUCCCACGGAGCUGUUUUAUGGGGCACCAAUGCAGUAUUUUCGUCGGAAAGAGCCCAGAAAAUUCUAGGGUGGCAGCCCUCAGCUCCGUCCCUGGCAGCAGAUAUCCCGGAAACCGUCAGGGCCGAAGCCAGGCGUCUGCGCCACUAAUGAUGGCGCACGAGGAAGUCCUCCUCACAACGCGAGAACCUCUCCAGCGGGAAAGAAGU